GCAAGUCUACAGCCACAUCUGAUUCACCUUUUUGUCUCGUCCUUCUCGUUCCUUUUCUCUGACCCCAUUCAUGGCGAAAGCUAUCGCCGUGAGUUCGUACCUUUUUUUCAAGCCCUAAUUUGGAUUCAAUGCAAGCCCAAAUGGACGCGGACCCAACUCAAUCCCGUUUCUGAGCCAAUAAAAAAAAGUUAUGGCAGCGACUGCCCCUCGUUUCAUCGUCUCACGACUUCCAUGAUGAACAGAUAGAUAGGCCUCGCUUGCUUUCCCGGCUAUCCUUCCUAUUCCACUCUCGUCUCUUUCCAAACCCCACCUUUUUGCAAUUCUAUCCUCUUGUUUUUCUCAGCGGUUUGCAUCUAGGGUUUGUUUUUUCUUCAAGGGAAUAGGUGCGGUGGCAAUGGCGGAGCCGAAGAACCGGUGGACGUGGGAUUUGCCGGGCUUCGAGCCGAGAAGGUCGGCCGACGUCGGCGAGGACCGGGGCUCCCGACCCCUGGUCCGACCAUUGUCGGUUUCGCAGCCUUCGCAGCCGUCUCUAACUCCCCGCCCAGACUCCUCGAAAAAGUCGAUUGCCGUUCGGCUCCAGAAGCUGGAAAAACAAGUAAAGCACACAAGAGAUUACUACUUGGAACUGAGGCAGGAAGCCACUGAUCUAAAAGAGUACUCUCAUGCCAAACUUGAUCGAGUUACACGCUAUCUUGGUGUACUUGCAGACAGGGCUAGGAAAUUAGAUCAAGCUUCUCUUGAAAGUGAGGCUAGAAUAACUCCCGUAAUCAAUGAGAAGAAAAAAUUGUUCAAUGAUUUGUUGACUGCCAAAGGAAACGUUAAAGUGCAUUGUCGCAUAAGGCCACUUUUUGAAGAUGAAGGCCCUUCAAUAAUUGAGCUUCCAGAUGAAUAUACAGUCCGGGUAAACACUUGUGAUGAUUCACUUGCCAAUCCCAAGAAGGAUUAUGAAUUUGAUCGAGUAUAUGGCCCUCAUGUUGGACAAGGGGAAUUCUUUUGUGAUGUUCAACCAUUUGUGCAGUCAGCUUUGGAUGGAUAUAAUGUAUCUAUAUUUGCAUACGGCCAAAGUGGCUCUGGGAAGACAUACACAAUGGAAGGAUCUAGUCAUGAACGUGGUUUAUACCUACGCAGCUUUGAGGAGCUUUUUGAUCUUUCUAAUUCAGAUACUGCUUCAACAUUUCAGUAUACUUUCUAUGUGACUGCCUUUGAGCUUCAUAAUGAACAGGUUCAAGAUUUGCUUGCAAACUCUUUAAGCACUUCAUCAAGCAUUCAGUUGAGCAGCCAGGAUUCAUCCUUGGAACUAGUGCAGGAGAAAGUAGACAACCCUUUGGAAUUUACUAAAGUACUUCAAGUUGCACUGCAGAAUCGAGGGGCACAUUUAUCAAAAGCCAUCAUCUCGCAUUUGAUUGUUACAAUUCAUAUUCAGUAUUCCAAUUGGGUCACCAGAGAGACUCUUUACAGCAAGUUCUCGCUUGUUGAUUUACCUGGAAGUGAUUGCUUUAUGGUGAAAGAUGCUACAGGAGAUCAUAUAACAAACUUUUUACAUGUUUCAAAGUCACUUUCUGCGUUGGGUGAUGUUUUAAAUUCAUUGACUACAAAGAAAGAGUCUAUACCAUUUGAAAAUUCGAGGAUGACCCAAAUUCUUGCUGACUCCCUGGGUGGUAGCUCAAAGACCUUGCUGAUUGCACAUGUCUGCUCAAAUGCUUCAAAUCUUUCUAAAACAUUGUCUACGCUAAACUUUUCUGCUAGAGCAAGAAAUGCAGAAUUGAACCUUGGUAAUCGUGAUACGAUUAAGAAAUGGAAAGAUGUGGCAAAUGAUUCACGAAAGGAACUUUAUGAGAAAGAAAAAGAAGUUCUUGAUCUUAGGAAUGAAGUCACAGAGCUUAAGCUUGCUCUUAAAGAUGCUAAUGAUCAAUGCAUUCAGUUGUUCAAUGAAGUUCAAAAAGCUCAGAAAGCUUCUUUGACAGUUCAAGCAGAUUUAAAGGCAGAAAAUUUAACACUGAUAGAAAAACACAAGGUUGAAGAAGAACAGAAUGUUCAGCUUCGGAAUCAGGUUGCUCGCUUGUUGCAAUCCGAACAAGAACAGAAAACCCAGAUCCAUGAACGCGAUCAAGUCAUUCAGAAACUGCAGGCCAAACUAAAGGGUAUCGAAUCUCAACUCAAUGAAGCCCUCCAAUCAAGUGAUGCUCAUACAACUAGCAGAUCUGAGAUAAGCCCCACUGGAGUUCUUUCUACUCCUAAGGGAACAGAGGAUACUGCUGAGUCUUUGCAGGUCACAAAGAAACUUGAAGAGGAACUGUCAAAGAGGGAUGCUCUUAUUGAGAAAUUGCAUCAAGAGAAUGAGAAGCUAUUUGAUAGGCUCACAGAAAAAUCAUCAGUUGCUUCUUCACCUCAGAUUCUGUCGAGCCCUGCUACUGGAAGAACUGUGGACAUGCAGGGAAAAGAUUUGAACAGGGGUGAUAACAACAGACUGCCUUCCCUCAAUGCCCUAUCACUGCCUGGUUCACAGGAUAAGAAUGAAAAUACAGGAGCUCUUGUAAAAUCAAGUAAUGAGAAAAUUAAGACAACACCUGCUGGAGAAUAUCUUACUGUUGCACUCGGUGAUUUUGAUCCUGACCAGUUCGAGAGUUUUGCUGCAAUAUCUGAUGGUGCUAAUAAACUUUUGAUGCUGGUUUUGGCUGCAGUCAUCAAAGCAGGUGCUGCUAGGGAACACGAAAUACUUGCUGAGAUCAGAGAUGCUGUUUUCUCCUUUAUUCGCAAAAUGGAACCUAAGAGGGUUAUGGAUACUAUGCUAGUUUCACGUGUCAGAAUAUUAUACAUAAGAUCUCUGCUUGCUAGAUCACCUGAGCUGCAGUCUAUCAAGGUUUCUUCGGUAGAACGAUUCCUUGAAAAAGCUAAUGCUGGCCAUAAUAGCUCCAGCCGUGGUAACAGUCCUAGUAGGUCUCUGGUUCACUAUGAUUCUGGUUCGAGAACUGUUUUCCCUGAAGAAGUCCAUGGUUUUAAGGUUAACAUAAAGCAAGAAAGGAAGUCCAAGUUGUCAUCCAUAGUCUUGAAGCUUCGAGGGAUUGAUCAGGAGACAUGGAGACAGCAUGUCACUGGAGGAAAGCUUCGGGAAAUAACUGAGGAGGCUAAAGCUUUUGCAAUUGGAAAUAAGUCACUUGCUGCUCUCUUUGUUCAUACACCAGCUGGCGAGUUGCAGCGGCAAAUUCGGUCAUGGCUUGCAGAGAAUUAUGAUUUCCUCUCUGUUGCGGGUAUUGAUUCUGUCAGUGGAAGUUCAACUGGCCAACUAGAACUUUUGUCGACUGCUAUUAUGGAUGGAUGGAUGGCCGGUCUUGGUACUGCACAGCCUCCAAGUACUGAUGCUCUAGGCCAACUUUUGUCUGAAUACACCAAACAAGUUUAUUCAUCACAAUUGCAACACUUAAAGGAUAUAGCAGGUACUCUGGCAACAGAGGAAGCUGAGGAUCAUGCCCACGUCAGUAAGCUGCGAUCAGCUCUGGAAUCUGUUGAUCAUAAGAGGAAAAAGAUUUUGCAACAAAUGAGAAAUGAUUCAGCAUUAUUAACAAAAGAACAAGGGGGUUCACCUAUCCGAAAUCCUUCUACAGCUGCUGAAGAUGCGAGAUUGGCAUCUCUCAUUUCGUUGGAUACCAUUUUAAAAGAAGUCAAGGAAAUUAUGAGACAAACCUCAACAAGUUUUCUUAAUAAAUCGAAGAGGAAAGUGAUGCUUGCAACUCUGGAUGAACUUUUGGAGAGGAUGCCAUCACUCCUUGACAUUGAUCAUCCAUGUGCUAAGAAGCAAAUUUUAGAUGUUCGUAAACUUGUCGAGAAGAUCCCUGAAAGAGAUGAUUCCCUAGAUGAUGAAACACGAGCAUUACAACCACUAGCAGAUUCGAUUUCUAGUGCAGAGGUUGUAUCACAGUGGAAUGUGUUACAAUUCAACACCGGUUCUACGGCCCCCUUCAUUGUGAAAUGUGGUGCAAAUUCUAGCUCUGAGUUAGUCAUCAAAGCAGAUGCGCGUGUGGAUGAGCCCAAGGGCGGUGAGAUCAUCAGAGUUGUUCCAAGGCCUUCUGUUCUUGCUGAUAUUAGUUUUGAGGAGAUCAAAAAGGUGUUUGAUCAAUUGCCUGAAGCAAUUAGUUUGCUAGCCCUCGCACGAACCGCCGAUGGUACAAGAGCCAGGUAUUCCAGAUUGUACAGGACCUUGGCCGGUAAAGUUCCAUCACUGAAAGAUCUAGUCGCAGAGCUUGAUAAAGGUGGAAUGUUAAAAGAUGUCAAAACAUGAAUGCAACAAGAGCAUAAUCUUACACGCUAUUUUUCAUCUUGUUAGUGCAAGCGGCAGCUUCAUUCACGGUACAGAUGGUUCUUUUGGUUUUUACAACGUGUAUGAUUGAAGAAUGUAUCGUGAAGCAACUUAUCGCUACAAUUAAUCAUUGAUGAAACAAAAGGUGUUUUCUGCCAAUCAUCGUAGUCUUAUUGUACGUCUGCCACUCUGUGUUUGAGAAAAAUGAGAACGGAAAAAUGUAAGUACACUUGUAUUGAUCAGAAUGUAGAUGUGAUUUUAAUCUUAUUUGUCGUUAAA